AUGCUCAUUCUCUUCCUUUGGGCCAAGUUCGGAGAAGUCUUUUUCACUCGGAGACCUCCAACUCCAGAAGAGUUAAAUCAACCAGAUUCCCCACUUAAAGCCUUGUUUUCAAUGAUGGAGGGGCAUCUCCUCAUGCUCUAUGAGAUUGCAUAUGGGAAAGACAACAAAACAUUUCUAAAGACCAUCCUUUAUGUGGCCAUCAUAUACAACAUUGGGAGCUACAUCAGCCUCCUCACAAUUUUGUAUAUAUGCUUGGUUUGCUCGAUGACAAUCCCGGUUGUUUACAUGCAAUUUCAAGAGCUCAUUGACAGUUUCAUGGGGAAAGUAUCAGAAGAGAAGAACAAUUUACUUGAAGUAUUCAAACAAGUUGUCUCUAAAAUUCCUAGGGCCCCCAAGGUGGAGUAGUUCAUGACCGGACUGAAAGCCAACCAACCUCUAUAUGCUAUUAUCAUAUUCCUAGUAGUAAAAUUCCGUGUAAAAAGUAUAGAGCUACAUAAUCAGAUAUUCAGAUGUAUGCAGUUCUUACAUUGAUUGAUUAAGUUUGAUUCCUCUUU